AUGGAAUCUCUGCCAGUUGAGCUGGUUGAGAGGAUACUUUCCCUUGCAAAUCUUUCACACGCUGAGAACCUAUCCUGCAGGCUUGUGUGUCGAGGAUUCUGCUCGAUUGUCAGUCCCACGGCCUUUAGCCGCGUACGGAUCUCAAAGCUCGCCCGAGACGCCUUUGAUGGGAUCGUGAAUCUUUCGCAAAGCCAGCUUGCUUCUUAUGUAGUGGAGUUUGAGUAUAAAGUCAUACGUUUUAUUUCAUCGAAGGAUAUCCAUGACGUGGACUCACUCAUACAAUUAUCGGACGAAUCUGAUACGCUCUCAAUUCAGGAUAUGGCCAAUUCCCUAGUGGAGCACCACAAAAACCAUCUCCAUCAAGUAGAUGUUCUCGGGACAUUUUACGAUAUUAUCUCUCUCUCGAAAGCCUUGCCAGCAUUUACGAACCUUAAGUCUGUUACCAUCUCUACUUUCGAUGGCUCAUUUGAACUCCCCCCGCCACUUGGAGUCGCAGAAGCGACAACACGUGCGUUUUGGGCUGUCAUCAAGGCACUCAACAGCUGCGCGUAUCAGAUUGAAUCAUUCAGUGUCGAUUCGGUCUCCAAACUAAGCAUUCCACCAUCGAAGCUGGCACAGAUUCACGAAAUAUUCGAAGGCUUGACUCAUCUUUCGAUUGGAAGCGUAUAUGGACAGCGGAGUUAUAACUUCCAAGAAGACAUUCUCGCUAGAACACCCCAACUACAGACCUUACGAUUAGGUUCAGACGGCCGCGGAUCCUGUGAAUGGCAAGAUAUUCUUAGGGAUCGAAUAGGCACUGGGCAUCUCUACUGGCCUCACUUAAAGGUUUUGGAAAUGGACGGGGGAGUAUCAGGUCGGGUUACGAUUCAGCAGAAAGGAUUGAGAUAUUUAUAUGACUGGCCAAACAAUGUCAUCUGA